AUAUUUACAACAGUAGCCAUAUGAUAGUUUAACCAUGGUGCAUAUAUUAACGCAUAUAUACAUAUGCUGUGCCAUAUUAAAUACUGUAUUAUGUAACAAUACGGGCCCUAGCGGGAAGCUAGACCGUGUGUUACCGCCAUCAGCGUUGUCAGAAUAUGGUGAACACGAGUUUGAUAACUCACUCUACAACAUGAUCGAUGAGAACAAUCAUAGGACGUGUAGUCACCGGCUGGAGCCUGAUGAUGAAGCGGGUUACACCGUCAUCAACGUAGAGGAUCCAGACAAACAAAGAAGGCCUUAUCUCUACCUAGAUAACACCAUAGCAAACCAAUACCGACAGUAUCACAAACCAGGAACUAAAGCGGUAAUUAUUGUGGGUAUCAUACUGCUAGGUAUAUCAACAGCUUCCGGGGUAAUGAUCUGUUGCCGUACUGGCAAGAAGGAUGUUAUACCACUAUAAAGAGAGUAAUGGUGUUAGCUGGAUACAAGACAUAAUUAG